UCAAGUUCAGAAACUAAGAAAAGCAAGAAGGAUAACGAAGUUAGUUCAUUAUUCUCAGAAAAAAUGUAUUCAGCAUAUGUGAAAUCAGCAUUUGAGUCACUAGAAAAGAAUGAUCCCAUCCAAAUUAAUACUUUAACAUCAAAGAUCAAUUUACCUAAAAGUCAUCAUGAAGCAAUACCAUUAUCAAGUUUUAUAACGGUAUUAAAGAUUUUGAUUUCUAAUAUAUCAAGAUUAGAUAAUAGUUAUUGUUCUAGUCUUGUUAGUUCAAUAUUGCAUUAUGAUUGGCUUCUGGCUAAAAGUAGUAGUGAAGAAGAAUAUCUUUUAUUUAUUGAAUUAUAUGCGCAAUUUUUAUCAGUAUUAGUAUCUUCAUUACCAAAAUAUUUAUUUGAAGUUACUAAUAAGAUAAUUGGAGAGUUUAUUGAUUUAAAACUUGAAGGUACAGCUUUACCUCAUCAUAAAGUCUUAGAUAAAUUGAGAAGAUUUAUUCCAACUUGUGUCAAUUCUUUCCCAACUAUUAUUCAUAAAAAUUUUCCUCAUCAUUUAUCAACUAAUUCAACAGAACUUUCACAAUACGUAGGGAAUAUUAUGAAAAUGAUCAGUUAUUGUCCCGAAUUACAAUUUAAUAUUUGGCAAAUGAUUAUAGAAUGCUGUAUUAAAUUAGAUGUUGAACUUCAAAAUGAAUUAGAUGAUUUAGAUGAUGAUGAAAUCGAAGAACUUAUAAAUGGGAAUGACGAUGAAGAAGCUGAAGAAAAUGAAGAAGUUGAAGAAGAUGAAGAUGAUGUUAUCGAAGGAGAAGUUGAAUAUUUAAUGGAUCAAACAACUUCAACUGCAAAUAUUAAAAGUCUUGUAUUUAAAUUAGAUUCAGUUAUCAAUCUUUUACUAACAAACACUAAAAAUUCUUUCACUACUGAAGAACUUAAUAAUGGUAAUGGUGUCACAUUAUUCAAUACCAUAACUUCUUUAUUCAAAUCGCAUAUUUUACCAACCCAUUUUACAAAAUCAAUACAAUUUACUUUAUUUCACAUUUCUCAAUACCAACCAGAAUUAGCAGAUUCUUUCUUGGUUCUACUCAUAGAUAUAGCAUUUAAUCCAAAUGAAAUCUUGGAAAAAAGAUUGAAAGCAAUGCAAUAUUUAUCUUCCUAUAUUGCAAGAGCUAAAAACCUUUCAAGACAUCAAGUUGUUUUCAUCGUUAGCUAUCUUAUUGGAUGGUUAAAUAAAUACGUUAUAGAAAGAGAAGCAGAAGUUUAUGAUCUUGAUAAUAAUAGUGAUAAAUCAACUGGUGGUAUGGAGAGAUUUAAAUUAUUUUACGCUGCAUUUCAAGCAUUAUUAUAUAUCUUUUGUUUUAGAUAUAAAUUAUUAUAUAAAGUUGACGGUUCUGAUGAGCAACAACCAAAAUCUUCAAAUGAUUCGGAAUGGGAAUGUGAUUUAGAUAAAUUUUUCCAAAGAGCCAUCUUAGCAAAAUUUAAUCCUUUAAAAUUUUGUGAUGAAACUGUGGUUUAUAUUUUUGCUAAAAUCGCUACCAAACUAAACGUCUGUUAUUGUUAUUCAAUCAUCGAACAUAAUAAAAGAGAAACAAUGAUACAGAGUAAUUCUUCCAUGCCUCUGUCAAUUGGUAAUUUCAAACUGAAACAGGAGUUUUUGGAUUUAGAAGCUUAUUUCCCAUUUGAUCCUAUCGUUUUACCUAAUUGUAAAAAAAUCGUUAAUGAAAAUUAUGUUGAAUGGUCAGAUGUUAAUCCUAACGAUGAUGAAGAUGACGAAGACGAU